GGUGAGAGUAGUAACGAGUGAGACACCCUUUUGCGAGGUGUGUUUCACACAUGGCCACAUGGGGCUCCAUGGAAGAUGCUUGACGCCGGCUGAGACACUGCAGGAGAUGCACGAAAGGGAGGUGAGAAGUACUAUGGAUCCGAUCUUGCAGUCGAAUCCUCAGGAAGAAAGGAGGGCCUGGCAUGAGCUGGAGCUCCAGGUGGAUAACGCCCUCCUGAAGGAGGCCAGCAUUGCAGCGCAGGCGCGGAAGGAGGCCGCAAGCCAGGCCUGUCACGAAGAAAGGCSGAGGAAGCCRGCUAAGGGAARAGGAAGAYACCGCCRGAAUGUAYUGUGGGAGGGGAGGGRAGACGACCCCAUGCAGACUGACGACCCGCACUGGCUUUUCGGAGAAGACCGGAAAAGGAAGGCGGAGCAGGGGCCGGAACACGAGAAAGGCUCCAAAACRGKCAGUUCACGACAAGAACAAGGGACAGAAGGGGACCWGAGAGAGAGGGAYGCURCGGCUUCGUCAGCCAAGUCCGGUAAGGAGGUCGGGGRCGGCRGGCAGACACAGCCUUCAGAAGGGAUUCGGGGGGCCGCAGACGGGGGCGAGACUAGCCGGCYRAACGAAGGACAGGAGGGAACGAUUACUCAGGGAACGCACGGGCAGCAGGGGAACCGAGCUACUUCGUCCGAGAAGAAUGCUGAUGGGGGAGACGGAGGGGGGAGGGUUGGGUUAUCCGAGGGCCAAGGGGGACAAAGCGAGCGAAGGAAAGARGCGCAGGCGGACGAUAGGCAGGUAAGRCAGGAAGGACAAGGGCAGGGGCAGGUUGAAAGGCGAGGGAAACAGGACAGCGUGGGGGAGUUGGGCGCACACGAUAGGCAGGUGAGGCAGGACGAACCAGGGCGGGGGCAGGCUGAAGGGCGAGGGGAACAGGACAGUGGGGGGGAGUCGGGUGCGCAGCAGCAACCRGGCAGGUCGACGUACGAAACAUCUACRCAGGACUGGGCCGAAGACUGCACUCAGGAACAGCUCCUGCCACAAGUUAUAAUAGCAGUGCAGAGCUUGCGGCACAACUUGCAGAAGCUGUUGCGGGGAAACUACUUGGCGCACAAGAAGACAGGGGAGGAGCACGCCCGAAGGAUGGAGGAAUUGGCCAACGGCCCUGAGGAGGGCCCGAUGGAGGAAGAAUGGUGGGCAGAAAGAGUGGAAGCAGCACGAGGAUGGAGGGAGUGGCAGACAGAGGAAGCGGUUAAAUGGGGUAGGCGCACCAAGGAGACAUGGAUCACAUUGGGGGAACGAAUGUCACGACAGUUCUUUGCUACAGUGGCAACGAAAAAGGCAGCACCAAUAAUGACCGCCAUGGAUCACCCCUUUGAUGGCCAGAUGGAGCAACAGCGUACUACUCGGGGAAUUUUGAARUGCGUUACCGAUUUCUAUYGCCAACUGCUCACKGASGAAGAGCAAUGGACUCCUGAGGAGAUGGCCGGCGAACCGGAGCUGGAUAUUUGGAGCCAUGUACAGAGCCGCCUCAAUCUUGCGGAAACUUGUAAGUUGGAAGAGGACAUCACGGAAGAGGAAGUGGUACGAGUUCUGCUGACAGAAGCCUAUAACGAGGCUGUGAAGGGAGGCACCCUUCCUCAAGGCUUUGCGGAUGCGUAUGUGGUUUUACUCUUCAAAAAAGGAGCCAAGGAGGACGUGCGGAACUGGCGCCCGAUCUCCAUCCUGAAUGCGCUAUAUAAAAUACUUGCCAAAGUUUUGGCAAACCGGUUGAAGGAAGCCCUACCAAGUAUCAUUGACUCCACUCAGACCGGGUUUGUGGCAGGUCGCCAGAUCUUGUCGAAUAUUUUAUUAGCACAGCAGAUACUGGAGGAGGAGCAAUGCACAGGUCAGGCACUGGCCUUUGUGUCAAUAGACCUUGAGAAGGCCUACGACCGGGUCAGAUGGGAAUUUUUACUGCGAAGUAUGGCGCGAAGGGGGGUUGGGCCUAUCCUGUGCAGUUGGAUUCGUGGCCUCCUAAAGGGAGCCUCGACUGUGAUGCAAGUCAAUGGGGUGAGAUCGGACAGGUUGCGGGUGACUCGGUCGGUGAGGCAGGGUUGCCCGCUCUCUCCUGCCCUCUAUGUCAUCUGCAUUGAGUCACUGCACGAGAUGUUGCGGGCCGACAGCCGCCUUAUCAGUCUGAAGGCGGGACCAAGAGCGGAACUGCAAUCUACAGCUUUUGCGGACGACACAGGUGCAGUACUCGUUCCAACGGCUCAGCAGCUGGGCWUUCUCAAAGAGGACCUGGCAACCUUCUGCAGGUACUCAGGCGCACGGGUGAAUUGGCAGAAGUCUCGGGCCAUUCUGCCUCUGGGGAUGGACCCUCCAGAAGGGUGGGACAUUCCCACAGUGGUCGAAGGAGAGCCAAUGGCAUUUUUGGGGGCCAAUCUAACACCGAGCUAUGGAGGAAUUGAGCAGAUGGCGAUACGGGCCACAGCGGCGGUGGCAAGACUGCAAGGAUGGAGUGCGAGAGGGAGCAUGGGGCCUUUUGGAAAGGCUAUAGUGAUUAAGAAUUCGGUGCUGGCCACCCUGUGGUACGCGGGCGCAAUUCAUAUGCCAGGGAGGCGUACCUUCCAAUAUAUUAGGAGGGCGGUCCAAGCGCAUCUGUGGUCAAACAACGCUAGGUCAGAGAAUUCUAUCUGCAGAGUUUCCCGGUGUAAGCUAAUUCAACCAAGAAGGUUUGGAGGGCUGGGCCUGCUGGAUCCGCGCUUACAGAUAAUCACACUUCAAUUGCGACAGCUCAUCUGGGCCCUGCUGCGCUCGGAGGGGGCAACUUGGCAAGAGGUGACGCUGUCUCAUCUUGCUUAUGCUCUCCAGGUCCCUAGGGAACUGGUAGACCUCUGCCUGCUCAGCAGCUCCGGGAUGGGUCAUAUUCGGAGGGGGACUGUGUGGACUCAGAAACUGGCCCUGUGGAAGAAGAUCCAGGUGAGAUGUCGGCUCCCCGACACAGCGGAUGCUAUUUUUAACCAGCUGCUCUUUGAUAACCGGUUUAYUUGUGACGAGGCAGGGGACCCCUACCCAUGGCAGGGGGCGCGAGRGGCCUAUGGAUGGAAAUGGGCGGAGCAGGGCAUUUUCAAGGUGGGACAUUUGUGGGAUGAGGAUCGGAAGGAUUGGCGUACAGAUGAGGAAAUGGAUCUUGCASUGCAGGGGUGCAUGAAGAGGGGCCAAAGGGUCAAGGACAUGAGAGAGGCUAUUCCGACUCAAUGGGUGGAAGUGCUAAAAAAAGAUGAGAUGGUAGUAGGCCAGUGAAGGACAGGCCGGGACGGGGAUGGGAGGGGUUGGGGCAACCACUGCAGGACCUGCACGCUGUGAGGAAAAUAGCACGAG